GGUAGGCACUCUUAUUCAACAACUUCACUUUCCCAAAGUCGGAGUCUUUCUAGUUUAAAAUCUUCGAGUAUUGUAAACUUGGGCGAACUUGAUAUCGCCAUGUUUAUUCCUCAGGAGAUCCCAGAGGCUACUCGAGUAGCUACCAUGCUACGUCUUCCCAAGACUAGCCACACGCCGUUGCCCACUGUGAUCCCGGAUAUUCCCCGAAUAUACUACCAAACUUCAAGUGAAGUAGGUCAUAGGGCCUUAUGGGUUGUCUGUGUCUUGAUGGCCCUGUCUUCGCUCGCGUUUUACGUCAUGGCUAUGAGAGUUCCCGUGCAAAAACGUCUCUUCCAUAUAAUCACGGCAUUGGUUGCCACGUUCGGUUUCUUAUCCUACUACGCCAUGGCUACGGAUGAUGGUAUAACCUCGCACCCCUAUGUAUCCGAGAGAUCAAAGCACGGAGCAGUCAUAGAGAUUGUCGUUCGUGAUAUCUAUUGGGCCCGUUAUGUUGACUGGUCACUUACCACCCCUCUUCUCUUGUUGGAAUUAUGCCUCCUCGCUGGCAUCAACGGUGCCAGCAUUUUAAUAGCCCUUGUGUCAGAUGUGAUCAUGAUCUUAACUGGUCUAUUCGCCGCUUUCGCAAGAGACGAGGCUCAAGGAUGGGGAUGGUAUGCCAUCGCCUGCAUCGCUUAUCUCAAUGUCGUCUAUCAGGUUGGUUACAAAGGGCGACACGCAAUAUCGACUAGGGACAACAAAAUAAGAGCUUUCUUUGGGGCUAUUUCUCUGUUCACUCUCCUAUUGUGGACCGCAUAUCCUAUUGUAUGGGGCAUUGCUAAUGGUGCCCACCGCGUCAAUGUCGACGGCGAGAUCAUUGUUUAUGCCGUUCUAGAUGUCCUCGCAAAGGGAGUAUUCGGGUUCUGGCUGUUGCUAACCCAUGAUAAGAUGGCCCGGAUGUUGCCAGCUGUUGAUGGUUUCUGGUCGCAUGGUAUCUCUCAUGAUGGGUCCAUUCGUGUAAGUCUUCUCACUGUGUAUUCCUUGAGAACCACUGACAAUUAGACAGGUAGGAGAAGGGCGUACAGUCGAUGAUAAUUAAGCCAAUUGCGUACGUGAGGCUA